AUGUUUCCGCCCCGCAAUAAAAGUGUUGGUGUCUUAGUAAAUAAAGCAUUUACAAACCUCAGAAAAGCCAAGGGCUCAAAAGAUGGUAUUCUAGAUAACCAUAUGCGCCUUGACUACCACAAAGAUGCCCCGAUUGCUGCAGAAAUAGCCAAACAGAAUUCGAGUAAACCCUCACAACAGGUGGAUUGUAUCUUAGACCGGAAAAGAAAACAACUGUUUAAAGAUAACUUGCAUAUUUUGAAAUGCAUUGUUGAUGCAGUUGUUUUUUGUGGAAAACAGAAUAUUGCGCUUAGAGGACAUCGAGAUGACAGUAGUAGUACAGCUUCUAAUCGUGGCAAUUUCUUAGCAACUCUUGAUCUCAUGGCGAAAAGUGAUAAAAUUCUGCACACUCAUCUAGAAAGAGGAAAACAAACAUCGAAAUACACCAGCAAAACUAUACAAAAUGAAAUUGUAGUCCUUAUCGGAGAUUUUAUUCGACACCACCUAACAUUAGGCAUUAAAGCUGGAUCACCUAGUCCAUUCUUUUCCAUAAUGGCAGAUGAGGUUACUGACACAUUUGGCAAUCAGGAAAUCCUAUCUCUUUGUUUGAGAUUUUUGCAAACAAAUGACGUAAAUAAUGUUGAAAUUAUCGAAGCAUUCUUCAAUUACUCGUUUUUGAAACGCACCACAGGUAAAGCAAUAUCUGAAAGCAUCCUUGAUAUUUUGCGGGCAAACGAUCUAAACAUUGAUAACUUACGUGGGCAAGCUUAUGAUGGUGCAUCAGCCAUGUCUAGUGAGGUCAAUGGUGUAAAUGGGAGAAUUCGAAAUGUUGCUCCGAAAGCUCUAUACACACAUUGUAACAGUCACGUUCUAAACCUUUCGAUCGCAGCUUCGUGCAAGAUGACGCUUGUUAGAAACAUGAUAGGUUCAUUAAAUGAAAUAUACUUAUUAUUUCACAAUUCUCCGAAACGACAACGUUUUUUUGAACAGGUACUUGCUAAACUAAAAUGUGAAAGUACCAAAAAGAAACUUCUUGGUUUAUGUAAAACCAGAUGGGUGGAACGCCACAGUUGCUACGACACAUUCCAUGAGCUGUACUCAGAACUGACGACAUGCCUGGAUGCUAUUGUUAAUCCUGCACUAUAUCCUGACAUAUAUGGUGAAGAAAAUUGGUUGUGGGAUGCCAACACGAGAACCACAGCUCAGGGAUUGUUAACAACCAUCAAGUCAUUCCCAUUUAUAAUGGCAUUCUUGACCAUCAAAAGUUGUCUUCUGUCUGUCAUGCCUAUAGCGAAGCUUCUGCAGUGCAGUGAUCUAGAUUGCUAUUAA